AUGGGUUGUCCUACUGAGUUUCAGCUGGAGUUAGAUCCGGAACUUGAGAAGCAUCCUUUGCCACGGCCUCCUGAGUACUUGAAACACCAGGUGUACGACCGUGUUGAUAUUUCAAAGCAAGAUUUCCCUUCCUUUACACAUCUAAUGUGGAAUCUUGUGUUUCGCCAUAAGAUGUCUGAGAUUGAGCGAGCUAGAGUGAUAUUUCGAUGGAUCGCAUCAAAAAAUAUGCAGAAAAUAACGUUUGAUAGCGUCCCUCCAAAUUCUCCAGAGGAGGUGCUUCUAUCAUUUAAAGAUAACAAAACAAGUUUUGCAAGAAUUUAUGAGAUAAUGUGCACAUACGCCGGACUUCAUUGCGUUGCAAUUAGUGGCUACGCUAAAGGAGUGGAUUACUUUCCGGGUGAUCAUUUUCAAGGUCUUCCAGCAAAUCACUCGUGGAAUGCUGUUUACCUAAGGGGCUCGUGGCAGCUCGUGGACGCGCACUGGGCUACUCGUUAUCUUAGCUCUGGAGCAAAUAUGCAAGAUAAUGUGGUCUACGAAUAUGAUGAUUUUUACUUCCUUAUGGAGCCACAGCAGUUCUAG